GAUUACACUGUUGUUUCAUUUCAUUUACGUGUUGAUAUUCUUGAUUUUGUUAACAUAGUCGGAAUCAAUAGUGUUGUCUUUAUAAAGUACACAAAAGGUUGUAAGUAUUACUGACAUUACUGUGGUGAUUACUAUUAGAAUACAAUAAUAUCUAUUCGUUUCUGUUGCUGAUUUUUCAUUCAUAUUUCUCAAUAAUAUCUUCAUAUUUCAUACAUUUUUCCAAAUAAUCAGUUUCUAUCAUAGUCAAUUGCCGUAAUGGAAGAACCCGUCAUUUUCGAAUCCGCUAAUUUGACUGCUCCCUUCAGCAAACACAAGUCACAAAUAGAAGACAGCUCUGACUCCUACUUGAAGUUAAAGAAGUUAGAAAAGGAGUUGGACCUCUUGCUCUUGCAGGAAGAUUACAUCAAAGAUGAACAGCGCCACUUGAGAAGAGAGUUGGUGAGAGCUCAAGAGGAAGUCAAGAGAAUCAAGUCUGUUCCUUUAGUGAUUGGUCAGUUCUUGGAACCUAUUGAUGAGAACACAGGCAUUGUUUCUUCGACUACUGGCUCCAACUAUGUAGUGAGAAUCUUGUCGACAUUGGACAGAGAAUUGUUGAAGCCAUCGUCUUCUGUAGCUUUGCAUCGUCACUCCAACGCGUUAGUAGAUAUCUUGCCUCCUGAAGCUGACUCAUCAAUUUCCAUAGUUGGUGACGACCAGAAGCCAGAUGUCACCUACGCCGACGUUGGUGGUUUGGAUAUGCAGAAGCAGGAAAUCAGAGAAGCUGUAGAGUUGCCCUUGACCCAGGGUGACUUGUAUUCGCAAAUUGGUAUCGAUCCACCAAGAGGUGUCUUGUUAUACGGUCCCCCAGGAACAGGGAAGACCAUGUUAGUCAAAGCUGUGGCCAACUCGACCACAGCAUCGUUUAUCCGUAUCAACGGUUCAGAGUUCGUCCAGAAAUACUUAGGUGAGGGGCCUAGAAUGGUCAGAGAUGUGUUCCGAUUGGCCAGAGAAAACUCGCCCGCCAUUAUUUUCAUAGAUGAAAUAGAUGCCAUUGCGACAAAGAGAUUCGACGCUCAGACGGGGGCCGACAGAGAAGUUCAGAGAAUCUUGUUGGAGUUAUUGAACCAGAUGGAUGGCUUUGAUCAGACGUCUACAGUAAAGGUCAUCAUGGCCACUAAUAGAGCAGACACAUUGGAUCCAGCCUUGUUGAGACCUGGAAGAUUGGACAGAAAAAUCGAAUUCCCUUCGUUGAAAGACAGAAGAGAAAGAAGACUCAUCUUUUCCACCAUUGCCUCCAAGAUGUCGUUGGCUCCGGAAGUCGACUUGGACUCGUUGAUCAUCAGAAAUGAUCCCUUGUCCGGUGCCGUCAUCGCUGCCAUCAUGCAAGAAGCUGGCUUGAGAGCCGUAAGAAAGAACAGAUACAUGAUCUUGCAAAGUGACUUGGAAGAAGCUUACACUUCUCAAGUUAAAACUGGUAGUGAACACGAUAAGUUCGACUUCUACAAGUAGACUUGGUCUUUGUAUAUUAUCAUUAAUGCAAAAAAUAUCAAACGU